AUGCCAGCGAACUACCUGCCUAUGCCAGCAGACGUCCGCGCGACGAUCGCCGAAACAAAGCGUAUGCUACGAGAGCAACUGCCGAACUACAAGGAGGUGUUCGAAGAACUGCAGGAAAAUAUUUCUGCCCAGGUAGAGAUUAUUAAGAAGGAGCAGGCUGCUGGCGUCGCCUCCGUGCCGGAGGUUCAGGCGCAGGACAUCAUUGACGGCACUGUCAGUGAAGCCCUCAAGGACAAAAUUCGCCAACGUGGUUGCGCCGUCAUUCACGGCGUGUUCCCGCGCCAGGUGGCUGCCCAAUGGAAUGAGGAUGUCAAGGCCUACCUGGACGAAAACGAUUUCGAGGAACGACUUAAGCAUGCCGCAGUGGACAAGUAUUUUUCGACGCUUGGUCAGGGUAAGCCUCAGAUUUACGGCGUUUACUGGUCUAAGCCCCAGGUGGAGGCCCGACAAAGCGAUCGCAUGAAGGCCGUACAGGUCUUUAUGAACUCAUUUUGGAAGUCGGAGUCUAAUGGCAAGCAGCAUUUUGACACCAAAAACAUUCUCACGUAUGCGGAUCGGCUGCGUCGUCGCCCACCUCACUCGCCUCCACUUGGGCUUUCACCUCAUGUGGACAGCGGCACGAUUGAGCGCUGGCUGGAUUCCAACUUCCGCCACGUGUACCGCAACGUCUUUUCUGGGAACUGGCGGGCGUAUGAUCCAUUUGACGGGGAGGGCCGCACCGAAGUUCGCGAGAUCAAGUCUCCCGCGAUGUGCUCUGCGUUUCGUACCUUUCAGGGUUGGACGGCGCUUUCUCCACAACGCAAAAACGGGGGAACCCUACGCCUUGUUCCCAUUGUAAACGCAAUUCCGUACAUGUUACUGCGCAGUUUGCAGGAUGAUGUGCCCGAGGACGACUUCUGUGGAGCCCUACCGGGGCGGGCUCUGGGCGUCUUCCCAGAGUGGCACAGCCUACUAUUGGAGGCCGAAUGCUCUAUUCCAAACAUGGAGCCCGGAGACUGCGUCUUUUGGCACUGCGACCUUGUGCACAGUGUGGAGGCACAGCAUGAGGGGGAGUUUGAUAGCAACGUUAUCUACAUUGCCGCCGUGCCGCGCUGUGCAAAGAAUAUCGAGUAUGUGCAGUUACAAUGGAAGGCUUUCCUAAGAGGCGGCACUCCGCCUGACUUUGCUACGGACGACUUUGAAGUGAACUUCAAGGGCCGUGCCCGUCUCGAAGACCUAACGCCAACGGGAAAGGCGCAACUUAACCCUUCCAGUAUGGACGCCAGCAAGCUGUAG